AUGACUGCUCAAGCACGUAAAAGGGGCGAGUUGGAUAAAAGCUGGCGUGAAAUGAUGUUAAGGGUAAAAGAACCUGUGUUUAAGCAAGAUAUUAACGUUAUGUGGCACGUGUUUGAAAGGGUAUACGAUAAAAAGGAUCACUUAAUCAGCUACACAAUGAAAUUAAUGAAUAUAGCAGAUGAUCAAUUCCAAAGAACAGUCGCUAGUUUCUGUGACACAAUCGACACAACGAUAAAUAAAUUCCUCGAUGAAAUGGAAUCUCUUUCCAAAGAGAACGAUAUCAGAACAAAGAAACUUCUAAAAUCCGGCGAAGAGAAUUCGGCUCAAAUCAUGAAAGAUCAUGACGCAGCGGAGACUCAUCUUCAGCUCUUAAUUUACCAUGGUCAUACCACAGCAGACUCCGAAGCGUGGACAACAAGAGGUGAGAAUUUAGUUAAAGAAGAUGAAGACCGUUUGAAAUACGCUAAUGAACGCGAAAAUUUGCGUUCAUUCCUCGAAAAUACUUAUAAUUCCACCUGGGAAGAAUACAAAGCUGUGCUCAAAUCUUACGUAGUGGAAACAGCUGAUAAUCAGAAGAAGUUGCGCAAAUUACGCCAUAAAGAGAAUUUAAUGGCUGAUAUAAUAGCUUCUCAAUCCAAGAAGAUAGCUAACAACGAUAAUGUGCUGAAGCGUCUACGCACCGAGUUAGCUGCUUAUGAAUCGGGUACCAAGCAAGCUGUAUUUCGUGAUCGACGUAACCGCCAUCGUGCAGCUUGCUUUCGCCUGAAAAAAGGCUUAAUCAAUGGCUGUGCUCUGGAUGCGCGACUCUUAGCUGUAUUAGUCAGAGUGUCGGAUGACACUGUAGAAUGGCUUACGUCAUCACAAAAGAAAGGAGAGAAGAUUUUACGUCUAGCAGCGUUAUGCCGUAAAUUUGAAACGCAACGGGAGAAAGUACUUCCCUACGGUACUAUGCUACCUCAUUCUCCCACUGAAGCCAAAACUAGUGGACGACGCGUCCAUUCCGAAGACUCUCUGGUGGUGAAUGCUAUUUCUUCAACGUGUGGACUGACAAGGCUCUGGCAAAAGGUGUCCAGAGCAGAGCUUUCAAAACGAGCGCUACUUCGAGAGAAAAUGCUACUCGAGCAGGAAAACGCUUUGAUUGUGAGAACAAUACAGGAUUUUCAAGAGAAUAGAUUUCAGGUUGAAGCCCAGAAUUGUAUUUGCACAAAAUCUAAAACGAUCUUAGCUCAUCCAGUGGCUGUCGACGGAGUAACGGAAGUAGCAAAAUACGAUAAUUAUGCGCGUCAGUCGAAAGGAAGUUAUAUGUGA